CAUUCAGCAGCCAAAGGACACGGUGGAAAGAGCACAGCAUUGUAGACAGCAUGCUGCUUUCGGGCCCCAACGUGCUGCUGUUUCUCGCUGCCCUCAUCAUCUCCUCUGAGUGGAAAAACCUAGGGGUCAGUGGUCAACGAGGAGAUGAUGUGACUCAAGAAACAUUCACAGAAGAUCCCAAUCUAGUGAAUGAGCCUUCUACAGAUGAAACAGUUCUGGCUGAUAUCGAGCCUUCCACAGAUGACCUGGUCUCAUCCAAUGAUAAAAACGCCACAGCAGAAUGCCGGGAUGAAAAAUUUGCUUGCACAAGACUGUACUCUGUGCAUCGGCCAGUCAAGCAAUGCGUCCAUCAGAUCUGCUUCACCAGUUUACGACGCAUGUACAUCAUCAACAAUGAGAUCUGCUCCCGUCUUGUCUGUAAGGAACAUGAAGUUAUGAAAGAUGAACUUUGCCGACAGAUGGCGGGUCUGCCCCCAAGGCGACUCCGUCGCUCCAACUACUUCCGACUUCCUCCAUGUGAAGAUGCGAAUUUGCAGAGACUCAAUGGUCUGUGAUCAUCAAGGAAGAGGGAAGAAUGUGUGGGUAGGAAGAAGGCAGAGAUCCUCCUUCUCCAACUAUCAGCUCUUCAUAGACAUGAAUAUGUCUUAAACCAAUUCCUCUGCAAUGUCCAGCUGUUGCCCCUUCUCCUUAUAAUUUCAUGGAAACUUCUAACAUUUAUUUCAUUUUUUAGUACUUAAAAUACAAAGUCUAUAUUAUUGCAUGGUUUUGCUGCUUUCCAAUAUCAUAGGCAUAGUGGAUAAAUGAC